GAAAGAAUUGUAUUAAAAACCAACUUAUAAUGCGACUAGCGUGUUAAAUUUUACUAACUUUUUUUGAGAAGCCUCUGUGUGUAUAGAUAGAAAAGAUUUUUUUGCUGAUUUAAAAUUGUACAUUAAUCCUUUGUGAUAACCAAGCAGAAGUUAGGGUUAAAAUUUAAAGAGAAAAAUUUACGAAUUUAAAUAAUCGUAGUACUUUAAAUUUGCAAGUUUAAAAUCUAUUAGCACCUUGGCGAUUAUAGUUGGCGCAACAGAUCACCAUAUGGAAAUAUUGUUGACUCAUUCAAAGAAAAAAGGAAAGGGAUUUUACUUAUUUCUCACAAAUUUAAGUGGCUUCGUAAAUAAUAAUUCUACUGACUUCAUUAUAGAUUUGGAAAAAAAGUUUGGUGACAUAAAUGGUUAUGAAUUGACGUCUCUUUUUCACUUGUAUUAUACUGAAUCGAAUUUGCCCACAUUAAAAAGAUAAUAAACAUCGAGUUCAUAAUAAUUCCAUUUGUUGGGACGGUUUUUUUCUUUCUUUGUCAAUAUAAAUACAAGAUUUUAUUUUAAUAAAUAUUCAAUAUCCAAGUUCUCUUCGUUGUUAGAUUUGACAAGUAGCUGGAAUGCAUUUACAUGGCUUUGACCAAAGAGCAAUUUAUAAUACAUAUUACAGAAAAAAAAUCAACGUUGAUGGAUUCCAAUUUUCUUUUAAAACCAGAUAUUUCUCUGAAACUCUGUGGAACACUUGGAUUUUUUUACUUAAUCAUUGCACUAGCCACUUCAAUAUUUCAGAUGCUCCCUUUAUGUAGAUUUUAUUUAAGUGAAAAUGAAUGGUUUGCCACUUUGGCAUAUGUGACUUUUUUGAUGUCUUACAUAUGCUUAUUUUUUGGAAGAGAAAAUAAAUUCUUACAAAAAUUUUUAAUGAUUGCUGUUAUGCUGCUUCAGGCUAUAUCAACUGCCUAUUUUGUUUUACUGCAUAAUGCUUUAGGUGUUCUUCACUCAUUAGGAUUGACUGCAUUUAUACUUUUAACGGUCUGCUUUUUGACAUGUCUACUGCAGAGAUGCUGUAAUGUAUUCAAAAUUGUGAUACUAUCUAUUUUGCUUGCUAUACCAGUCGCAAUAUUAUUGCAAAUAUACAAGGUGUGAUCCCCCAUUAAAAGAGAUAAUUUCCAUAAAAGCUUUUAUUUUUAUAGAAAUGGAAUCACAAAUGCUUGUUGAAAGUUAAGUAUACCAUCUUUCUACCACAUUAUAUAUUUUAAUAAGAAAAUGAAAAAUAUUGAAAACUGCCUAGUUAAAUAAAUAAUAUUUUUUCUUUUCUGUGGGCCUUUUUCAUGUGCUACCAUUAAGGGAUACCAGGGAGUGUAUUUGACUAGUUUUAGGAUGAUCCAUCUUGUUGGCAGUUAUUCCAACUGGUUCUCUGUAUAAACUCUAUGGAGGGUUUCUUGAUCUUCAUCUAGAUUAUUAAUCUAGAAUUAAUCUUGUGUAAAUUAAAGUACUAAACAAAAUACAUGAAAAAUAAUGACUGUUUGAAAAAAAUAAUAUGAUUUUUCCCCCAUCUCUCAAAAACUUCAUCAACUUUGCGUGGAGAUGAUGUUCAAGAUGAUAACCUUGUUAACAAUUGUCUUUCUUGUUUGUUAGUUUUAUUAGUGAAAUAAAAAUUUUUAAUUUGAAAAUCAUA